UGAAGGGGAAGAGGGAAACUGGCUACUCAAAAGCGUAAAAACAGGCUAUUUGGCUCUCUAUUGUAGUAUUGUAUUUCAGUAUCCUUCCUCAUUAACCGCAAUACUUUGCACAAGAAAGAAAAAAAUCACGAAGAAAUUGUCGCUGCUGGAACUUGCUUCUCUGCCACAGCCUGCGUCCUCCCUCUCGCCUCCCCUGCUUAGAGCUGCCACAAGAAUGAACAGAUUGGUCGCAAGGAGGAAUCUUUACUCGAAUCACGAUCAACUGAAGUUUACAUGGAAGAGAGGCUACUGUAGCGGCGGCGAAGCUGCAGCAGCAGCAGGAUCAAGUGCAUCGUCCGGCCAUCUUAACCAUGAUGAGCAUGGGACUUUCUCUGGAAAUGAGCAACCCUACGACCUUGCCAUUGUUGGCGGAGGCAUGGUGGGAAUGGCCCUAGCUUGUUCCUUGGCAACAAAGCCCCUGACGAAGCACCUGAAAGUUGCCAUUGUUGAUAGCAAUCCUGCUUUGGCUAACAAGCUGUCAAUCAAGAUGGAGGAUCCACCUGAUCCGAGGGUCAGUACUGUGACACCCGCAACCAUUUCUUAUUUCCAAGAUACUGGUGCUUGGCAAUAUGUUCAGCAGCAUCGGCAUGCAUAUUUUGAUAAGAUGCAGGUCUGGGAUUACACUGGCUUAGGAUAUACAACAUACGACGCCAGAGACGUAGACAAAGAUGUUUUAGGGUGUGUUGUAGAGAAUAGAGUGCUUCAUAGUUCUUUGUUAUCGCGUAUUGAGGAUACAGACUUCCAAAAGACGAUCUACCCUUCUAGGUUGGCUUCUAUGAUUCGAUAUCCAAGUUCUUCAGUGAAGGCAGAUGGCAACACUAGAGAAGCAUCAUACGCGAAAGCGGGAUUAGUAAAGCUAGAAAUGAGUGAUGGCAGCAGCCUAUACACGAAGUUGGUGGUUGGAGCUGAUGGGGCGAAGUCACAAGUCAGGAAUCUUGCAGGAUUUAGAACAACUGGGUGGAACUACUCACAGAAUGCCAUCAUCUGUACUGUUGAGCAUUAUGUUGCAAAUCACACGGCUUGGCAACGGUUUUUACCAGAUGGUCCAAUUGCUCUCUUGCCGAUCGGGAAUAAUUUUAGCAAUAUUGUCUGGACCAUGAACCCAGAGCAGUCAUCAGACUUGACGGCGAUGAAUGAGGAUGAAUUUGUAAAAGCUGUAAAUCAUGCUCUGGAUCAUGGAUAUGGCCCUCAUCCAAAGUCAAGCUUCUCAAACGGCACUAACAAGUUUUCAUUCCUUGGGGGAAACUUGACAAUGUCGAUCAAUGAAUCUUUCGAGGUUCCACCAAAGGUUGUGAAGUUGGCUUCCAAGAGAGCUGCAUUUCCCCUGUCCUUGAUGCAUGCUAACGACUACAUAGCAAAACGUAUUGUCCUUAUUGGCGACGCAGCACAUGCUGUUCAUCCUUUAGCUGGUCAAGGAGUUAAUUUGGGUUUCGGAGAUGCAUUUACCCUCUCAAGAAUCAUCGGCGAAGGGGUGGCAGUGGGAACAGACAUUGGGGAGGCCUCACUGUUGAGAAAGUAUGAAGCAGAAAGGAAACCUGCGAACGUGGCAAUGAUGGCUGUCCUGGAUGGUUUUCAGAAGCUAUACUCGGUUGAUUUCGGGCCUCUUAACGCGUUGCGUGCUGCUGCCUUUCAUGCCGCCAACUACAUUUCACCACUCAAGAGGAGUAUCAUCUCCUAUGCCUCGGGAGAGCAGAGAUUACCCAUGUUCCCAUGAAACCAGAGGUGAUGAGACUUCCAGAGUUCUGGAAACAAUCUCGACGAGUAUGUCAUAAGUUGUUGUAUGUCCGUGUAAUAAAUGGUACUUCACUUG